CUGACUCAUCCGUCCCAGCCCAUCGGAGGAUGUUUAACUGACAGCCUGAUUAGACCACAUCAUGGAGAAAACAGAUGCAAACGAUCAGCUACCUAAAUCCAACGGGGACAAAGACCAGCCCCGAAGCCUGCCCUACUCUGUUGAAACACCCUAUGGCUUUCACUUAGACCUGGACUUUCUGAAGUAUGUGGAUGACAUUGAGAAAGGAAAUACCAUCAGGAGGGUUCACAUCCACCGGAAAGCCAAGCAGCCAAAAUUCAGCACUCUGCCCCGCAAUUUCAGCCUGCCGGAGAGCGGCUCCCGCGCGUACGCCUCUGCUCCCAGCAAAAGCUGGACUGCGACCUACUCGUUUGCACAACGGAAGGCAUCGCUGGGGGCAGAAGAAACUGCCCGUCCCCUGGUGCCCAGUGAGCCGCCUCCAUCUGCAGCUGCUGACAGGCCCCAGCUGCUGCGCGCUUCCAGCAUCCCGGCCGCGCUCCCGCCGGGCCGCAGCGCCGCCGAGGAGGCGCCCGCUCCGCCCUUGGCAUCUCCUCAGCCCGCUGGCGACAAGGGCUGCUCCGAAAGUGCCCUUAGCCCCGCAAAGGAGGCACCGCUUUCACCCCGCGCCGACAGCUCCGCAGCAAAUCCCCCCCAGGAGACACAAUGGGAACAGCAAGCGGCGGUGCAGAAGAAAGAGCAGCCUGGGCAGCAGCAGGUUAAAGUCACUGCCGUGUGGGAGCACCAGCCAGGAGAGCCCCCGACGAUGCCAUCUCCAUGGCAAAACCAGCACCCUGCAGCGCAGCAGCUGCAGGUGGUUGUGGAGAGCCGGGGAGAGGAAUGUGAUGCAUCAGGAACACACAGCUGGUCUGAAUUAGCCAAGGACAGAUCCGCCUCAGCCAGUGCCCUCCAGCUUGUGGAUGAAAACAAGAACCAUGAGAAAAGAGAAUUAGGCAUAAGUGAAAUUGCACCAGAUGCACUGAGAAAAGCUGAAGACAGAAAUAUUUGGGAUAGAGAGAACAAGGAGAAUUGGAGCCCUCAGCCCCUGCUUUGUGAUACAGGCGAGGCCAGCAGGAUCGCAGCACUGAAGCAGCAGAUUGCUCUUCUGGAGGAGCAGCUAAGCAGCAAAAAAGAAGAACUCGAACAGAUCAGAGUAGUGCUGAAGCAGCAAGAUAAUGAAAUCAAGGAAAAGGAGAAAAGCAUUAAGUUACUCGCAAGCUCCAAAGCUCAGCUAGAAGAGAAACUGCGCUGUGAAAAUAGAGAAACGAGACCGCUGGCCAAGCAGGGCGGCGGCGCGCUGCAAUACUAUGACGCUGCGGUGAACACCGAGCUCACGCAGACAAACAGCUCCAAGCAAAGCCACGACAAAGGCAUCAAUGUAAAUAUCCCAGUCCCUACACAGUCCGUAGGCUGCAGUGUUCACCGAGCAGACAACAUGAACUCGCAGGCUAAGGAGUUAAACAGCAAGUCGGCUUGGACUGAUCAGGGACUGGCAGUUGGUGGAGAGGGACCUGAGCGUUUUGUCAAAGAGGCACAGACACCAAACCUCACUGAGCUGAAGAUUGAUGAACAUCUCGGUGAUGACAAUCAAAACAAAAGAAAUAACUCUGAUACCCAGAGUCUUGCUGCUCAUACAAUGACCACAGAAAGCUACCAGGGCACAAAAAUUGACUCAAACACAGGUGAAAGCCAGCCUGGCUGUGGCGGGGAUAUAGAACAAGAUGUGAUGGAAGAAGAAGGUCACCCUAACCGAGAAGAUUUCUCCGCUGUAGACCCCAUAGGCCAAUACGUCAAAAAAAUCCAGGAGCUCCUGCAAGAGCAGUGGAUGUGUUUGGAGCACGGCUAUCCGGAGUUAGCAAGUGCUAUUAAGCAGCCUGCCUCGAAACUUAGCUCCAUUCAGAACCAAUUAGUUAAUUCCUUAAACUCGUUGUUAUCUGCCUACUCUACACAAAGGCCAGCAGAUAAGGAGAAUUCGAAUACACACUAUCAACAGUUGGAAAUCUCUCCAACCACAAGUCUUAAAUCUAUCAUGAAAAAGAAAGGUUAUGGUUUCCAUGCAGGAGGCAAUGGGACCAAAAAGAAUCUUCAGUUUGUUGGGGUAAAUGGUGGUUAUGAAACGACCUCAAGUGAAGACACAAGUCAUGAAGACAGCCCAGUGGAAGAGGAUUCAGACAAUGAGACAGAGAGGAAAUCGGAUGGAUCAGAGCACAGCCAGCCAGAAGCUGCACACGAGAGUGAUCCCGUGGCAUCAGAGGCCUCCCCGCAUGAGGGACACGAGGACGACGGCCUGCAGGAGCCAGUGGCAACAGUGACAACCAGCACACAGCAUGGGACUGACAGAUGCAAACCCUCUGAAGAUUGCCUUGCUGACUGCCAGCUCCUCAGCAAACACCUCUCACAAACCAGGACCCCAAGCAACGAGCAUCUGGAGCGCAUCCCGGGCGCCAUCUCCCAGGAGUGGUUCCACGUGUCGAGCCGGAAAGCCUCCAGCGCCGAGGCCGUCGCUGCCUAUCUGGAAGCCUUGGGCACGGCCCAUCCGCAGCUCCUGGCGGCGGUGGUGAACCUGGCCGACGAGAAUGGGAACACCGCGCUCCACUACAGCGUCUCCCACUCCAACUUCCCCGUUGCGAAGCUGCUGCUAGACACAGGGGUGUGCGAUGUGGACCGUCCCAACAAGGCCGGCUACACGGCCCUCAUGAUCACACCGCUGGCCUCCGCCGAGAGCCGCCAGGACAUGGAGGUGGUGACGAAGCUGCUGCGGGCAGGAGAUGUGAACGUCCGAGCGAGCCAGGGCGGCCAGACGGCCCUGCUGCUCGGGGUGAGCCACGACCGGGAGGACAUGGUGAAAGCCCUGCUGUCCUGCGGGGCUGACGUCAACGUGCCGGACGAGCAGGGCACCACGGCGCUCAUGGUGGCCUGCCGGCAAGGCAACGCCGACAUCGUGCGGCUCCUCCUGGCCCAGCCCGGCUGCGACGUCGCCCGCACGGAUAAGGAUGGCAACUCGGCGCUGGAGCUGGCGCAGCGCUCGGACCACUUGGAGAUCGCAGCGCUGCUGCGAGCGCACGUGGAGCGGAGCCGGGCUGCCCCCGAGUGA